AGUCUACUUCCGGGCGCCCCUGUUCGGCGUGCCAAGAUGGCGACGUCUCUGGGAUCCAACACGUAUAAUCGGCAGAACUGGGAGGAUGCGGUAAAUACCCCCCGGGGCUGGGUGGUUCCCUCGGGUGCCGGGGCGGGAAGGAGAGGGGUGCGGGGGUGAGCUACUCGGGGCUCUUCAGUCUCCCGCGGGCAAGGGAUCCGCUGCCGCCCGCCCGCCCGCCCGCCCAGUGAGGCGGCUGGGUUCCUGCUUCUUGCCGAGUCCUGGGAGUCGGCAGCGAGAAGCCUCGUGCUAACCACGAUUUCCCACCUUGUAAAAGAGACGUUUUUGGGGAGAAUCUAGCUUAGCGAAGCUAGUGAGGUGUUAACUGUUGCUGCGCAGCAGUGGGCGUGUGGGCUGUUCGCCUAAUAUGCCGAAGUGCAGUUAGGAGGAUGUAUUUAACUGCAUGCUUUAAACGUGAGAACUCAUUGCUGUGCUUUCUCUCACGGGCUGAAGAAACCAGGAGAUUUGAGUUGCACUCAUUUGUUCUCCUCUUGCCGUUUUUUGCUAUUGUGACACAGCACUUAAAAAUAAAGCUGAUACUGUACACAUAAGUAGCACCCAGCCCCAGAAGUGCCCGUGACACUGAAUGCUUUACAUCAGAUCCAUUUACUGAUAUUAGGAAUGUCUGAGUUGUUCGUUCUCACAUUCAAUUUGAAACGUCCUGUUUAUAGACAGGAUGUUUAUAGACAUGUUUAUAGACAUCCUGUUUAUUGACACGUUUAUAGACAUUCUGUUUAUGAAUUCAGGGUUGGUGAAAUGUGCUUGCAGUGAAAUUAUUUUCUUUUCUUCUGUGUAGGAUUUCCCCAUUUUGUGCCAGACAUGUCUUGGAGAAAACCCCUAUAUUCGAAUGGUAUGUGUUUAUUGUGGGCUAUUACUAAAGAUCAGCAGAAUGAAACAAAGAUAAGAGGAUAUUAACUUGCAGGGAACUUCCAAUUCUGACUUCAUUGUUAUAAAGUAUGUACUCUUUAUGUGAUGGAUUUUGCUUCUAAGAAAAUAUGUUUUAGAUUAAGGUAUUGAUCUUGUGAAUAGGGACGCGGGUGGCACUGUGGUCUAAACCACUGAGCCUAGGGCUUGCCGAUCGGGAGGUCAGCGGUUCGAAUCACCACAACAGGGUGAGCUCCCGUUGCUCGGUCCCAGCUCCUGCCAACCUAGCAGUUCGAAAGCACAUCAAAGUGCAAGUAGAUAAACAGGUACCACUCCGGCGGGAAGGUAAAUGGUGUUUCCGUGCGCUGCUCUGGUUCACCAGAAGCGGCUUAAUCAUGCUGGCAACAUGACCCGGAAGUUGUUCCGGCUCCCUCGGCCAGUAAAGUGAGAUGAGCGCCGCAAACCCAGAGUUGUCAGCGACUGGACCAAUGGUCGGGGUCCCUAUUGUUCUUGUGUAUUCACUUGCAAGAAUAAGCAAUGUAUUGUAUUAUAGUUUCCUUGGUAGAAGAUUAUGCUAAAUAUAUUGAGAUGAAUAUCUUAGUAGGUAUUUAGAUCACUUGUUUGUCUGUGAUUGGAAAUUAAGCAUUUAUAAAUCCUUUUAAAAUCAGUUUGACUGAUCAUAGUGAUGUGCCUCAAUUUGUGUUUGCAGGCUCUCCAUAAGAAUCAUUUUUCUCUGAAGUUAUUCUUUACUAAUGCUCAAAUUUACACUCUGGUGUACAUGCACAGCUGUUAUGUAACCAGCCAUUCCCACAAAGAUUUAAUGUAAGAAACAUUUCCCUUUUGUGUAUAAAAAACGACUACUUCCAUUGAAUCCCUGGCAGGCAGUAUCCUUUAUGCUUGGAAGGGAGAUCAAGAUAACAUUUCUUGUAGAAAUAUGAUUUUCAGUCUCUUUAGAAAGAGAUGUGAGGUCAGAGGUUUUUGCAUAUUCUUAUCAGAGAAAGUGUGAAUUCUCUUCUGUUCCCUAGGACAGUCUGAGCAGAUAAAGUAACAUUCAGUACAGUUAACAUAUAUUGUGGAGAUAAUUUGUAGGAGUUGACAAGGUAAACUGGAUUUCAAAAGGCAUAUAAUCUUGGGAUACAGUUAUUUUUUAUAACAUGUAUUUUCCUUUAUUUUAGACCAAAGAGAAAUAUGGAAAAGAAUGCAAGGUAUGUUUGUCAUUCAAAAGAGAGUAUGUUACAGUGACAUAAUUUUAAAGGGUGGUUGUAUUACUGGUAGAAAUAUUUCCUGACAAUUUAGUGUCACAGCAAUAAAGGAUAAGCAUUAAAUCUUACUCAUGCAGUUUAGUUUAGUUUAGUUCAGUUCACUUCGAUGGUGUCAAUAGAACAUGUAUACAACAGUGUUGCUAGAUCUACACAGCAAAACGUAUCAUUCAUUUCCACAAUGGAAUAAUGGAGAACAGCAAAGAUAGCAUUGCCUAAAAAGGACUAAACACACUGCAAUCAGUUCCCAUCCUCAUUGAGUCUUCCAAUAAUUACUUCCCUUGUUUUGAGUUUAUGUAGUGUUGACAGCUGAAAGUGCACUAGUCAUGUGUUCUUCUAUAGUUAGAUAGGCUGCUACAUGUUAAUGCAAUCUUGUCUCAGAUCUGUGCUAGGCCAUUCACAGUAUUUCGUUGGUGCCCGGGUGUACGGAUGCGCUUUAAGAAGACAGAAGUGUGCCAAACAUGCAGCAAGCUGAAAAAUGUUUGUCAGACCUGCCUUCUUGACCUGGAGUAUGGUGUGUAGCUAUCAUUUUACUAUACUGUGCAAAUACAAAAUUAACAUAUUGUUGCCGAGUAUAGAAUGUUGUUGUUGUUAAAAUUUUAUAUCCUGUUCUUCAUCUCAAAGGAUCCUGGAAUGCCGAGUGAUACAAAAUUUAAACAUCUAAAAUCAAUUUCAGUACAAAAACAGAUUGUAUAUGGACUCCCCUUCCACAUUUGGGCCUGCAUGGCACAUACUAGUGCUAUUCCCUCUGCUUGGAGAGUCUGAAUUUAGCAUCAGCUUUCCAACACUAGGCAGUCAUUGCUGACAUUUUUUAAUAGUGGAGAUGAAGUUGAAAUUGUCUCUUGCAGUAUGUGCUCAGCCUGCUUCUCUUAAGGGAAAUAACUGGACAGAGGUCCAUGGUUUUAGUCCAUGAUCUACUUUCAAAUGCUCUCAAAUUAUUUGCUUAAAUACUUUGCUUAUAACGUUUGUGGUCAUUAUUGUUUUGCUUUUAUAUUAAUUUUCUGUUUCCCCAUUAUAUAUUAGGUUUGCCUAUUCAGGUUCGAGAUGCUGGACUCUCGCUUAAAGAUGAUAUGCCCAAGUCGGAUGUUAACAAAGAGUAUUACACCCAAAAUAUGGAAAGAGAGGUGAAGUAAUGUUUCUUGUGUAAUUAGUGGUGUUAAAGUAAAUGAACCAGAUCACUAAGACAUGUGUUUUCCACCUGGUUUUAUUGUGUACAUCCCUGUUUCCCUGCUUUUGUAGAUCAUGAACUCUGAUGGCACCCGACCUGUUGGUGCUUUAGGAAAGGCAACAUCCACCAGUGACAUGUUGCUGAAACUGGCUCGGACCACACCUUACUAUAAACGCAACCGUCCACAUAUCUGUUCAUUCUGGGUGAAAGGAGAGUGUAAAAGAGGAGAAGAAUGUCCCUACAGGUAUAAUUAUGGUGAAAAAGUAAACUUUAUCAAGAAAGCAGAUGUCUGAGUAAUUAAAAGGUUAGACGAGACAGGUGAAAUUGGCACUUAACAACAAAUGUCAUGAAAUAUUGCCCUUGAAUCCUUAGACAUGAGAAACCUACAGAUCCAGAUGAUCCGCUUGCAGAUCAGAAUAUCAAAGAUCGUUACUAUGGAAUUAAUGAUCCUGUGGCUGACAAGCUUCUCAAACGAGCUUCCACAAUGCCUCGUUUGGACCCACCUGAUGACAAGACAAUUACAACGCUGUAUGUAGGUGGCCUGGGUGACACCAUCACUGAGACUGACCUUAGGUAAGUGCAUUUUUGGAUCUACUUCAGAUGGUAUGGCUUGGCAGUGUUGGUUGCAUGUCUUUUGGUAUGUCUGCACAAUAAGCUUUGAGGUUGUGGAGUAUAUUGGAUUUGAAGCAUCUUAGACUUCAGGAAUGUGAAAAAGGGCAUUUCUUUAUUGGAAUAUGUUUCCUCCUCAGGAAUCACUUCUAUCAGUUUGGUGAGAUCCGGACAAUAACUGUGGUGCAGAGGCAACAGUGUGCAUUUAUCCAGUUUGCUACCCGACAAGCUGCAGAAGUGGCAGCAGAGAAGUCCUUCAACAAGCUCAUUGUCAAUGGUCGCAGGCUUAAUGUGAAAUGGGGCAGGUGAGUGAUAAGAAAAUCAAGUGAUGGCAACAUGUAUUUUUCUUUCAGAGAUUCUUCCUUGACAGAGUUUUUGCAGUUAGCUGAGAGCACCAUCUUGCUUAUUCUCCAAGCUGAACUCGUGCAGCUUCUCAUAGAGCUAUGACCAUUCUAAGAAAGCCACCCAGUUCUCUUCCUAUCUAUACAGUAUUAGGGAGCAUUACCAAGUAUAUUUUGCAAAUCGGUUGAAAUACACAGUUAUUAAAGUAUGGCACUGGCUGUGCUUUUUCUAAAAAAUAUAUAUAAAAAUGUAAAUUUGUUUUUGUUAAUAUAUGCUUACAGUUUUUAAAAUCUGGAAGUCCAGCAUCCACCCAGCUUAAUACUUGACCACAGUUCAAAUGCUUUGAUUUGGUUUCAGGUCUCAAGCAGCCCGAGGAAAAGAAAAGGAAAGAGAAGGAAUCACAGAAUCUGGUAUAAAAUUGGAGCCAGUGCCGGGAUUACCUGGAGGUAAGGAAAGUGCUCCUUGUUCAGAAACAUGGGUUUUCUGACAUUCUAGACAAGGUGAAUUGCAGAAAAAUUGCUUUUCUUGUUCUGUUUAUUUGGAAAACAGAGGCGCAAUAAACAUUUUUAUUCUGAGAGGUUAAGAAGGUCUCAUUUGAAGUUGGCAUAGCUAGAGACUGGCUGAAUUAGUACUAGAGAAGGAAACAGUGCUUACGAGAGAGUCUGUGAAUAAGUUUAUCAGAAGGGAGGGAGGUAAAAGGUAAAGGUAAAGGACCCCUGGACGGAAGGGAGUUAAGUUAUACUUUAAGGCAGAAAUGAGGAACCUGUGGUCUUCCAAAUGUUGUUGGGCUCUAGCGCCCAUCAGCCCCAGCCAGCACAGCCAAUGGGGCAAGGAUGAUGGGAGUUGUAGUCCAAGAACAUCUAGUGCCUUGCAGAAUUCUCCUUCCUGCUUUAAAAGUUGGGUGGUUGAGCUCAUUUGAAACCUAAUAAUAUAGGCCUUGGCAAGAUGAGGCAUUUGAUUUAGAGUCAGGUGACUUUGAUAGGGAAAGAAAUUCCUUUACUGAACCUAUACAAACGAUAAUAGACAUUGAGAAAAUGGACAGCAGUAGUGCUCCAUGGACUUGGGUUGCUCUCGUCUGCUGAAAAAGGUUGACAUCAAGGCUUUUGUGUCCCCACAGCUCUUCCUCCCCCUCCUGCAGCAGAAGAGGAGGCAGCCUCUGCAAACUACUUCAACCUACCUCCCAGUGGCCCUCCAGCUGUGGUGAACAUUGCCCUGCCACCCCCGCCUGGCAUUGCUCCACCCCCACCCCCAGGUAUUUUUCCUUUGUUUUCUGGGGAAAUAUGCAGCAGAAUGUCUUGUCUUUGCAUCUAUGGAGCUACUUUCUAUUGCUUAGUUAAUCUCUAGGACAGGCAUAGGCAAACUCAGCCCUCCAAAACAUAUUGGUAUUCGCUUAAAGAGAAGGCUAGUUGAGCGUGUUUGCUUCUUUAAUCAUCCCGCUCAAUUUUAUCAUGGCAUUUAGCAGCAGAGAAGCGAUCGCUUGUGAAGCAACAUUGUGGGAAAUGUAAUUGUGGGGUCAGACUAUUUUUCAUUGGAAGAUUUGCAGCCCAGUCUUGUGCUUGAUUGCUAGGAAACAGCCAUGUGGCUUACCCAAGCAAGAUGGAUAAAAAAAUGAUAACUUGCUUUAAAAAAGAAAUAAAAAAAGAAAGAAAUUGUGUUAAAGACAACAAAAUCAAGGUAUCUGACAUUAAUUAAAGGAGUAUGUCAGGUGCCGGUCACAAAUUCAGAGAAUUUUCUCUUACCUAUAAAAGCUUUGAUCAAGUGUCAAAGAUUGUCUGUCCUCUUUUCCGCAGGUUUUGGGCCACACAUGUUUCAUGCGAUGGGUCCUCCACCUCCUUUCAUGAGAGCUCCGGGUCCUAUCCAUUAUCCUUCUCAAGAUCCACAGAGAAUGGGUGCCCAUGCCGGGAAGCACAACAGCCCCUAACAUCGCAAGAUCAUUCUCAUUGUUUAUUUUCUUCUUCUUCUUUGUUUUUUUAUGGAACUUUACGUUGGUAGCAUACCACAUUCAGUUACAAUGUGCAGGAAACAAAAUAUCUCUCCUUCAUAGCCACACGGCCCUGGUUCAGUCUAGCUGUGUUACACAAACAAAAAACCAGAUCACUUGUAUAACCAAAGAACUUGAUACAAGUAUUUUGAGGAAACAGUGGCUUCUUUUUUUUUAAUGACCUAGAGGAAUUUUAAUUCUAGUAGAACUACAAAUCCCAUCAGCGUUUUCAAUUUUGGAUACUUUCAAAUAAACUAGUCUUUGGCAACAAAACGAGACACCCUCCUUUAAGACAGUUUGGUAAUCCCCAGUGGAAACUACCCAACAUUGUUCAGAAUGGCCUGGAAAGCCCUUCAGUAGUAAUCUGUUUGAAUGUCAAAUUACUGUGUUGCCGUUAAAACUAGAUUCAAGUUUCUCUUGGCGCUGAGCUGGAAUGGAAAGAUACAGGGAGGUCAUAGACUAUAAUGAGGGGCAUAUGGAUGCUGUGCCACUUUCUAUUCAACGCUGUUUCUCAUCAUUCAUGAUUCUGUCUGUGAUGCAUGCUACCAAAAUGUUGGGGCGGCAGCAUUGCAUGCUUGUUAAACCUCUGUUAAAGGGGUUGGUGACUCUGAGUUGUGACUUACGUGGCCUUCAUGUCCAUUUGCUACUGAAACUAGUCUGGUUUAUUUCCUAACGCAACACUUGAUUACUGAUGGCUCUUUUAGAUAUGUGUUUUCGGUAUUUACCCUGUACCAUCUGUUUUUCUGCAUCAAGUCUGUCAUGUGUCCUAGUAAAGAGAAUCAUAUUUUUACCUACGCCCAAGUCUUAUUACCUUGUGUGCAUUUUUUUUUCUAAAAAAAGAAAAUACAGCACUUUGCAGGUUCACUCAGUGAUAUCUGGAAUUUGCUUGCAUAGGCAGUUGUGUAAAAGAAAUGGAUUUGGCAUUGCUUACUGUUUGCCCCAUUUACUAAAAAGAUGGAAUAUAAAAGUGACUGAUGAACAUUUGCACAAAGGCAUUUUGAUUUUUUAGGCCCCCACACUGGUGUGAAGCUGCAGGUGCUAUGCUAUUUAUCAAAAGUGCCCAAGUCCUUAUUGAAGCAAUUUGAAGGCUUUAACAAAUUCUAAAAUGACAUCAGAGAUGAAUCUCAAAUAUUGAAGUGUUUUACCAAAUAACCAAGCAACAAGCAUUUUAAAAUAUAGUUCAUUUUAUUUUCCCACAUAUUUCCAAAUGUAAACAUCACUUCCAGUUCAUAAAUUUAGAACUAUUCCUUCACUGACAAGGAUUUUGUAACAAAUAAUAGUCUGAUAUUUCUACCUAUUAAAUUGCCUAUAUGCUGUGUUAUGGGAGCUGGAAUGGAAAGUCUACUCUCGAUGUUCGGAAUAGCUGUUGAAGUGCCCCCUUUGGUAGGAAUUAGCUUUUAAGUUCCCUUUUAAAGAGUCCCUCUGACAGCUAAUGUUCUUAAUAUUACAUUUAUUUUACAUGUUGUAGCCCCUCAAUCACUAACAGCAAUCUAAGAAAAACUGCCUAGUUUAAUAGCCACAUAAAUACCAAUAAUUUAAAAUAGCCAUAAAAAUUACACAGGAGUUUCACAAAGCUGAAUAAACAAAAUAAUAAUAAUAAUAGCAGCUAUAAAUUAAUGAAAGUAAGUAUUUAAAUGAAAACUCUCCUAUUACUGCUGGUAUGUUCUCAUCUAUUCCAAGAUCUGGAAUAUGUAGGUCUGCUUUAUAAAAUGCCUGUAACAAUACAGGCAGAGUUGAAAACCCAGGACAGUGUGAUCAGACCAGUAGCGCCCACUUGCGGUCCAUUUUGGGAACUGUAUUAGUAACAAACAGGUCAGUUAAGUGGCAAUCCUUUUUCCUGUUUUAAUUUCAGUCCCUUUUCUCUGUUUUAUUUCCAGUUUGUGGGUAAGGAGAUCUUAAGUUGCAAUCCUAGAAUGCUGUUUACAUGCGAUUUCCAUUGAAAUGGCAAGCAUGAAUUUACUGCCCUGCUUUCCCCCCUCAAGUCCAUUUCCCACUAAUUUCUCUAAUCCUUAAGUUGAAAUUUAAAUAUUUUAUAUUAAUGGGCUUCUUAGAUUUCACAUAUCCUGCUACAUAUUUAAUGAGGCUAAAUAGAAUAGCGAGAACAAAACUUUGUGUUGCUUUCCUCAAGAGCUAAUGGGAAAGAGCUCCUCUCAUCAGAUGGCAGAGUUGGCUCUCUCAGCACUAGUUCAUUAGCACCAUGGUGAUGUUGUAUUUAGGUUCCAUAGCAAACUGCUACUGUGUCCCCGCAACCUAAUUUGUCUUGGGCCUUAAAGAUAUGACUCAUCCCUCUCUGUUCUCAAGUUAGAUGUUGGGUCUUGUCUUGAAUGCAAAAAACAACUAUCUGCAAAUAGCUUCUAGGACAAGCGAAAAAUGAAGUUAGAAGACAGCUUUCAAAUCUUUAUUGCUAUUACCUAGAUAUUAAUGUGAUUUUUACUGUUACAGCAUCUUACUUUGAUGGCACCCCGUAGAAAAUUUUGGGGUGGUAUUUGACACAAACUUGGCAUCCAGACUUGUUUUUCUCUUUAGACCAAAGGAAAUAUAACUCAUCUGAACUUGAAUGUAGCUUCAUGCUUCUCAGAAGGAAAUAGGUUCACUUUCCUGAACAAACUAGGUUCCUUUUGAGAGUUAAGCAGCAACCUGACAUCUUGGCUUUUGCAGUUAUGAGCUUGGUAGAAGGCCUCACUUCACUGUAGGAUCCUUUCAAAAACAUAAGAAAUCCCAAUAUGAAGUGGGUUGCUGGCCGUGCUUGUACAGUUAAAUUGUACAGUAAAAGCUCUAGGCGGGAGCUUGUGAAGGACGCAUGUAAUAGUAACAAGCAUAACCUACUAUUUCAGCUUUGCCUUGAGUGUGAGUAGGGUAUCUAUUCUAUGCUAGAGAGAUUCCCUUUUAGCAGGUAUAUACAGUCAUGGGAAAAACAAAGUGCACCCCCUUUGAAUUAGGGGUUUUACAUAUCAGGACAUAAUAGCAAUCAUUUGUCCCUUAACUGGUCUUAAAAUUGGGUAAAUGCAACCUCAGAUGCACAACAACACAUGACAUAUCGUGCCAUGAUUUAUUUAAUAGAAAUGAAGUCAAGAUGGAGAAAUUAUGUGUGAAAAGCUAAGUCCACCCUUACUGUUUCCAUAAGAAUUAAGAAGCUAAGUAGCAGACAGGGGCUGCUAAUCAAAUGUCAUUGCUUAAUUGAUGAUCAGCAUGUGUGCCCACCUCUAUAAAAGGUGAAUUUUUAGCAGCUUGCUGGUCUGGAGCAUUCAGGCGUGUUUUAACACAAUGUCAAGGAGGAAAGAGCAAUCCUCAAUGAACUGAAGCAAUGUUGUAAAGAAGAAUGGGCCAAAAUUCCUCCACAGUGAUGUGAGAGAGAUAAAGUCCUACAGAAAACAAUUGCUUCGUGUUAUUGCUGCUAAAGGUGCUUCUACGAGCUACUGAAUCACAAGGUGUACUUCCUUAUUUCACAUAUGGCUUUUCCAUUUUGGCUUUAUUUCUGUUAAAUAAAUCAUGACACAGUGUAAUAAGUCAUGUGUUAUUGUUCGUCUGAGAUUGUAUUUACCAAAUUUUAAGACCUGCUAAGGAACAGAUGAUUGUUACGUCUUCGUGUGCAAAACCACAGAAAUCAAAAAGGGUGCUUUCUUUCUUUUCCCCAUGAUUAGGAGGCUAGCGUGCAUUGGCGUUGGAAAAAGUCAGGCAGCAGCAUUAUAGCAAGUUACAGAUCUUCAGAUUCUGGCAUCGCCUGUAUCCAGCCCCGAGGUGCUCUGUUGAAGCUGGGCCUGUUUAACAUGAGUUCCAAGCUGCUCAUGUCUGUUGGGGCUUCAUUCAUCUCAUACCCAAGGAUCACAUCAUUCAGUAAUGGUCCGCCAAAUGGGGUUGGGGUCCUGCGGGUACAAAAAGAGAAGGCUGUAGUGUGUAGCGCACGUUCAGUCUUAAGUGGGGAAGAGAUUACGGUAUGUGUUGGUCCUCCGUGGUCAUGUAUUAUUAAAUUUAUUCUCCACCCUUAGCCAGCAGGUCCCAGGGUGGGUUAACAGCAAUUUAAAAUUCAGAAAUGAAAAACAAGUUAAAGCAAAUUACAUUCAGAAGAAUAGUGUGGGUCCUGACAAUCUGUAGUAGUCAUGGCGAUCGUUUAUUAUUAAAAGUGGGUUGAAAAUAAACGUUUCCCAUUAUCUGCUGCACUAGUCUGCUCUAAGCAGUUUCAGCUACAUCGUCGUUGUUGUUAAUUGAAUUUAUAUACUGCCCUAUACCUGGAGGUCUCAGGGCGGUUCACAGAACAAAAUCAAGAUAUAAAACUAC